GUUGAAUACUAUAUAUUUUUAUAUAAUUUAUUAUAUGUACCCUUUUUCUUUAACAAAUGUUAUUAUAUCGGUGGCAGCGUGUUGACGUAGUCUAAGAUGCUAUGGCAACGUAUUUAAAAUGCUUAACAUUUCAUUAGAAUUAUCAGCUUAUUUUAAGGGCGUUAUUUCACCUCAAGUUCAUGAAAAUAAAGCUUAAUUUUAUGUGUAAAAUUCCUAUUUUAGUUUAUCUUAUGAACAAACGUGUUGCUGUUUUUCAGUGCUGGAGCGGAGGCUCAUGGGACAUGUAGUUCUACAUUGCGCAUUUGUCGUUCAAACUGUAUUAUGUGAAACCAACAAAAGACUACAACUCCCUGUGUGCUCCAUACUACAUAUUCAACAGCACUGCCCGGUUGGAACACAAAACUUCCUUUGAGUUGCCGCUGCUGUUGCGAUUUCUGAUAAAAGCUUUGAAAAUCGCCACUUGAAAAAUUAUUUCAAGCUCGUUUGCAGAGGAGUAUGUCUGAACUGAGCGACGAGGCCAGCAGUGAGUCGGAUCAGCUGGGCGCGAGUCUGUCCGUGUGGCUAGCGGACGGUGGAGAUGCCCUGAUCGGCCCGGAGGAGCUCAACGUGCCGCUGGAUCUCCACACCGCCUGCUCUAUCGGACAGUAUGAUGUGGUGACCGAAUGCAUUCGCAGGGGAGAAGUGGAUUUGGAUGGGAAGAACAUUGGUGGUUGGACUCCUCUGAUGUACGCAGCGUAUAUCGGUCACGAUAGCAUCGCUAACCUUCUGCUGGAGACGGGCAUCAGUGUCAACACCACCACGUCUAAAGGACUCACACCCCUGAUGCUCGCCGCCAGCUGUGGAAACGAGAGCAUCGCCCACUUCCUACUGCAGCACGGAGCGCAGCUUGAAUGUAAGGAUGUGCACGGAUGGACAGCUUUGCUGCACAGCACGGCUAAUGGACAUCAGCAGAUGGUCAAAUUCUUAUUAGAGCAUCACGCCAAUGCAAAUGUCAAAGAGCCGCUGUCAGGAUUCACACCACUCAUGGAAGCAGCGGCGUCGGGCCAUGAAAUCAUCGUUCAGUACCUCCUCAACCAUGGUGUGCGAACGGAGGAGAGGAACAUCAAGGGAGAAACGGCGAGAGCUCUGGCCAUGCUGUACGGACACACUAAAAUCGCCAGCCUCAUCGACAUGCACGUCAUGAGAGCCAAAUCAUCUCAGUAUGAGGAGCUGAGUUCCUCUGAAGAAGAAAGUUCGAGUCCUCGAGUGCGGUCGGCUCGCAGCAGAACCAGAGGACCCAGCAUUCACGACGGCCCACAAGCCAUCGCACGCUUCAGGGUCGGCUCAAAACACGAGGUUCCUGUGACCGGAUACAUGACCUCACGUGAAGCUGGCGACCAGAGCGAGGGCAUCUGCAAUCGUGACGUCACUUCCCCCAUCAACGAGCUCGACGGCCAGAGCAACAGCAGUCGAGACGAGCUGAUCUUUGAUAACGACAUGCCCACCGUGAGGAGCAGCAGCAGCAGCAGUGAAGGCCUCUCUCAUCUCCUCGGCCUCAGCAGAGAGGCGUCGCUGGAGAGCAACGAGGACUCUGAUCAAGCGAAGAGGAGCUGUCCACGUCGAUCCAACAAACUCCAGCACUCCAAAGGCAGGAUUCCCCAGAGCAGCUCAGGACACCGUGAGGCGCCGUCGUCCUCUGGACCUCCUCCAUCAUACACUGGACCCAAGGAUCUAGCAGAGUUUCUGGAGCAGAUCGGGUUCAGUAAGUACCUCCCCCUGCUGGAGGAGCAAGACAUCGACCUGAGGAUCUUCCUCACGCUCACGGAGAACGACCUCAAGGAAGUCGGCAUCACUCUGUUUGGUCCUAAGAGGAAGAUGACAUCAGCAAUAGCCCGUUGGCAUAGUAACGCCCGGCCGCCCAGUGAUGCGCUAGAGCAGGCGUACGCCGACCAACUGGAGGCCGAGAUGCAGGAAAUGGCCAUUCAGCUUCAUAAGCAAUGUGUGGAGGUGGAGUCUCUACAGGCUCAGGUGUCUCAGGAGAAGGAGCUGCGUGCCGUGAUGGAGGGAUGUCUGAUGGAGGAGAAGAUGUCGUGGAAGAGUGUUCAAGCAGAACUGCGGGAGAACACACAGCGCGUUCAGACGCUGAGCGGGAAACUACACACUCUACGCAACAUUCACACACAGCUCACGCAGGAAGACGCUCGAGCGGCGGGGAAAGGCGACGGGUUAAUGUGCUCUCAGCUGCUGUCUAACAUGGAGUCUCACAUGGCAGAGCUCGCUGACAGUCUGAAGGAAGUUCUCCACAGUCUCCAGCGUCUGAGCGCUUCAGAGAAAAACACACACAACUGGGAAGAUUCCUAGUGGCUGCCAAUGGGACACUCGCUUUUACCGACGGAGGGUGAAAAACCACCCUGAACACACACACACGGCCACGGGAACGGGCCUGAGAGAGCAACUCGUGUCGGUCCAGUGUGACAUGAGUUCGGAUGGAGAUGACGGGGCGAACGAGGAGCAAAGACCAUGAGCAGGGUGGCCAAAAAAUGACAAGCAGGCGAGGACACUCUCACCUGUGCUCCAGUCACACGGUACAUAACUGGUUCAUGAGAACAGACCAAUCGCAGACAGAGCGGAGCCAGAGAAUCGUUCAGGAAUUGGCCGAUAAAUACAUGUGUGGACACUGCAAGCACAGGCGCUGUUUAUUGCUGUACAACCAAUCAAACCUCUUGAUUAGAUUUGUGUAAUGCCUAUUUAAAGCCUAAUAAUGUCUAAUCUGUACUCUCAAUUGUUUGUCUAAUCUUAUUCUCUUAAAUCCUAUGUAUCCUCUAAGUGCACUCGUUGGGUCUCGACCUGCCAUAUUCAAUGCAAAAAUGCGCAGAAAUUAAUUUAGCUGGUGUUUCAUCCAGGUUCAUGGUUGUAUCGCUGGAGCUACUGUCAGUUUGAUAUUUUUAAAGAGCUUAUUGUCUUUAAAAUGUGUAAAAAUACUCAGAAUAUCAAUUUUAUGUGAUCAUUUUUUAAAUGUAAAUCAGCUUGUUUGUUAUUAUUUCUCAAUGAUGAAAAAGUCUGUAAUUCUGUCACGUGAAUGUACAUAAAUCGAGUCUGGAAAUAAAGCAUUUAAAUCUGUAGGA